UUUGAAAUAGACUUUGUAUAAAAAGGGCUUCAUGAUGUAGUAAAGGCAAUCAAUCCAAAAUGGCUAAGCUAACAAGUUGUUCGGUAUUUGCACUAUUUGCAGUGGCACUGGUUUUUGUUGGAACCACUCGGGCUGCUCCCGGAGCAGAUGUCCUGAGGGCUAGGAGAUCACCCCAGUUCCCACCUGGCAUGCCGAGUCCUCCAUCUGGGUUCCCAUCGCCGCCAAUGCUUGCGUUGAACCGAGUCGUCAGACAAGCUCCACCGGCAGGAAUGCCCCAGGGACCGCCCGAAGGAAUGCCCCCACCGCCAGAGGGCAUGCCGCAGGGACCUCCGUCGAUGAUGACGGCGAUUUACCGGCGCACCAGAGAAACUCGUCAAGGCGAAGCUGGCGAAUCAAUGCUGGACGGAUCCCGCAUGAGACGAGAGGCUCGCGGUGGUGGCGGUAAAUUUCCCAACCGUAGCGGUUAAAACAGUGUAACUUAGCUGUGUGGUUUAUAUAUAUAUUUCAUUGUUAUUACUAAUAAAGUCAGCAAUCAAUCCAA